AAUCUUCAGUAAUUGUAUUUGUUAACAGCACUUCAUUAUCUCAUUACCUUCAACACUGAAUCAGUGCUACGUUUUUAACACUAAUCUUUAUUGUAUAUGCACACCAUCUGGGUUUGAAAUAUAGGGCGAUUUCCUGGACAGGGUUUAGAUUAAGCCAGGACUAAGCCUUAUAUUAGGACAUUUAAGUAGUUUUUACAAACCUACCUUACAAAAACAUUACUAAUGUGCAUAUUGAGACUAAACAAUGGCUCUGAUAUAUGUUAAGAUGUAUAAUUGUUUUCAAAUAAGACAGCUCAAACAUGCAUUUUAAUCUGGGACUAGACUUAACCCAUGUUUGGGAAACUGGCCCUAAGAGUGUGAAUUUAACACUGCAAGCUUUGAUGUGUAGUAUAAAUAUUUACUAUUUCCAGCAGGUUAUAAUAUCUGUCAUUGGCUUAUAAAAGUGAUCCCGUGUUGAAUAUUUUUUUAGUAUUCAUUCUCUUUGAAUGACAAACACUGAUUUGCAUUACGUACGUGAGAAGCUAAGCAAAGCAGGCAGGAGAUUGAUGGACUCUAAAAAACGAAAUGAGUUGACUUAAGGUUAAAAAGCUCCUUGACCUAAAAACCACAGAAGUAGCCUAUAUCAGUAAAACGUCUUUAAAGUUUACUUUUACUGUGUGGUCAAACACAUCCAAGCUAAACUAAAACUAAGAUUUUUUUCAGAGUUUCAGAGAUUUUAUAAUGAGUAGAGCUGUUUAUCACUAAUAUUUAAAACCCCAAUGAAAAAAUCCCUAAAUGAUCUAUUUUUGAUAAAAAUUGUGUUAAAUUACUGUUUCAAGUCCACCAGGUUACAUCGAGAGAGGAGUAAAUGAUCAUCACAUCACAUCUGAACGAGGAUUGACCUGAAGAGAAAAAAAUCAGCUUUACAAUGUAAAUGACUUCUCACUGCUUUUACACUUACUCAUGCAUUUUAACUGAUAGGAGAACUAUCCAAAUAUAAAGAUUAGUUAUAAUUUCCCUUCAGCUAACUGUGAUUGAUUUUCUAUUUGAUCAUAAAGAAAGAGAGGCAGACCUGUGGAGAGAGAGAGAGAGAGAGAGACUGAUAUAAGUCUCAGUUAUUGUAAAAGACAGACAGACACACAGUUUUAAUCAAACAUGAAGAAGUUUUACAGCUGUCUGCUGAUCUUUCUGGAGUUUUUGUCAUCAACUCCAGAAACAGUGAAUGGAUAUGAAGUAAACCUGGCAAGAGGAGGAGAUGUCAUUCAGUCAUCGACAUAUCUGGAACAUAUUGCUGAAAAUGCCGUCGAUGGCAGUCCAGAUACAACGUGCAUAGAAACCAUUGUUGGGAGUGACCCAUGGUGGAGAUUGGAUCUGCGUGAUGUUUACUGUGUCAGCAAAGUUAUCAUCACAAACAGAUUUGUCUGCUGUUCAGAUUUCAUAAACGGUGCAGAGAUUCGCAUCGGAAACUCUUUAGAGAACAACGGCAACAACAAUCCACUAUGUGCUGUUAUUUCUAGUAUUCCAGCAGGUGAGUCCUACAGUUACUCAUGUAAUGGACUGGAGGGGCGUUAUGUGAAUGUCUUUCUUCCUGGAUUUGAACAGAUUCUUACUCUGUGUGAGUUAGAGGUUUAUAAAGCAGAUGUCUGUGUUAAAAGGUCUAUGGUACAGAUGAAGUUUAGCUCCAGUGCUGAUCUGACUGACACUACAGUGAGAAACAAUCUACUGAAACAGUUGGAAACUGCUCUGGAUAACAAAGGAUUGAAAAAUGUGACGGUGCUGUGGUCUCAAGUACCCAAAAAGGAAGUGAUCACGGUGAAAACUGUGAAACCUUGCAGUGGAGAAAAUUAAAAAUCUGGCGUUUAAUACCAUCUCUGAGAAACUCAAUGUACAUUUUAUUGUAAUUGGUAACACUUUAUAAUAAUGUUCUGUUGUAAAACAUUUAUAAGUUAUUAGUUAAUAAUGAACUAAUUAAUUUUUAUAAAACAUUACUAUACAUUCAUAAAUGACUAGUAAGUGAUAUGUUAACAUUUCAUGAACGUUUUGUUAAUGAAGUUUAAGUCAUUUAUAGAUGAAUAGUUAAUAAUGAACUA